CAGAAGCGCAGCAUUAUCGAACAUUAAGAUAGCCUGCUUAAUCGUAGAGUGCGACCAGCCUCUGCGAUUUACAUCCAGAGAACGGGAUAACCGGGGACAUUGGCAAUUCUUGUUGUUGGGACAGGUGUUGAAGACCGCAGAAUGGAAACCGCAGAUCCUCCGAAGGGCCGGGAAUGCCCGCAGAAGAGGUCCCCCUUCGACAUGAUAAUGAACCAGAUACGUAGGAAGACGUCCUUCGCGGAGCGGCGCGCCAGGCCUUCCGUGGGCCGCCUCUUUCGCCCCUCCGAAAACGCCGACGGGAAGGAAGGAGGCGCCCCUGAAACCGGAGGGCCAGGCGGCCAGGGUGGCGACAAGAGCACAGGUACGGUGCCCGGCGGCAGUGAUCCCGCAGACACCGAGGCGAGUUCGGAAGCGGGGUGGGGCCGCGUGAAGCAGUUCGUUCAGAAGCUGGGGAAGAAGGCAGACAGCCAUGCUCUGAGUCUUGGCCACUGUGACCUGACGGCCACCGAUGUUCUGGAGCUGGCAACCCUGCUGCCUUUCCUCAGCCUGCUGGAGGAGAUCGACCUGUCGUGGAACGACCUGAUUGGUGGGUCGCUGAGGGCCUUGACCUUUCACCUCCAGCACGUGAGCAAACUGAGGAUCCUGAGGUUGUGCAGCUGCAGGCUGACGGCGGAGGACCUCACCGCGCUGGGGGAGGGCCUGGGUUAUAUCCCUCUGCUGGAGGUGGUGGACCUGUCCUGGAACGCCGGCCUCGGGGGGAACCUGCAGUGCCUCGCGCGUAGCUUCCAGCCAGGCAACAGGGUGAAGGAGCUCCACCUAGUGGAGUGCCAGCUUACUGCAGCGGACGCCCAGGCCCUGGGGGGGGCGCUGUGUGUGCUGCCAGGCCUGGAGCUGCUGGACGUCUCCGCUAACGGCCCGCUGGUGGGGGGGCUGGGAGAGCUCGCCCCCCAGCUGAGGAACCUCCCGCAGCUGAGGGUGCUUCGGCUGCAGGCGUGUGGACUGCAGCAGGACGCCCUCAACGCACUGGGAAAGGCGUUCGAGUUCCUCCCGGCCCUUCAGGAGCUGGAUCUGUCCUGCAAUAAGGCGGCCGGUGGGGGGUUCGUGCAGGCGGGCCCUCACUUGGCCCAGCUCACACACCUGCGCAGCCUGGACCUUCACCUGUGCGGUCUGACAGAGGACGACGUGCGGGCGCUGGUCCAGGUCAUUCCAUCCCUCAGUGACCUCACAAUGCUGGAUUUGUCGUCCAAUAAGAAGAUCGGGGGCGUGGUUCAUUUGCUGUUCCCCAGCCUCCCACUGUCAAAGCUGAAGAGGCUUCCCUUGAAUAACUGCUGUCUGACAGACGAAUCCUACCGCUCUUUAGCCUCGGCGAUGCAGCGUCUCUCUCAGCUGGAGUCUCUGAGCCUGUCCUGGAAUAAGUGCGUGGGAGGCCACCUGGGCCUGCUGCUGGAGCCACUGCAGCCGGGCUGCCCCCUGCAGCAGCUGCAGCUCAGCAGCUGUGGCCUGACCACUGAGGACCUGCUGCACCUGGCCUCUGCGUCGAAGCGCGGCGUCCUGGCGCACCUGAGACGCCUGCACCUGAUGUACAACGACAGCGCGGGGGGGCAGGGCUGGGCGCGCCUCUUCCAGGAGGCGGGGGCCCUGCGGGCGCUGGUGGAGCUGGACGUCAGCCUGCGCCCCUCGGGCCGCGCCCCCGCCUCCCCCUGGCUUCCCGCCCUGAUGGGGGCGCUGCCGCGCCUGCCCGCCCUGACCCGCCUGUCCCUGCAGCGCUGGGUCCUCACGCCCCGCGAGCGCGACGCCCUGGACGCCUUCGGCAAGGACACAAAGAGGAGGCUGCACCUCGAGUGCGACGCUCAUGAAGCCGCAGCACACAAGAGGGCGGGCGUGGCUGAACAACAGGAUGCAUAG